UGUGUGUGUCAUGAGAGAGGCAGCAGGUUUUCAACUCUGAUAAACCCUUUACAAACAGGCUGGGGCCUCACCAGCCAAGAACAAAUCUUCCUUCAAACAUAUGCUGAGAAGAGGCAGAAACUGCAUUGCCUUGUGUACACACACUGUUGUCUGGAUAAACUGGAGCAGGAUAAAUAUUACUAGAACCAGAUAGGAUGCCGGUCAUCAUCUGGGGCAGAAAAACUGAUGCUGCAACAAGCUUCCUGCGGGCUGCCCGGUCUGGAAAUGUGGAGAAGGCUCUGGACCACCUGAAGAAUGGAGUGGAUAUCAACACCUGCAAUCAGAAUGGGUUGAAUGCGCUUCACCUAGCCUCAAAAGAAGGCCAUGUUAAAAUGGUCAGAGAGCUGAUGGCAAAUGGAAUCAACCUGGAAACAACCACAAAGAAAGGGAACACGGCUCUACACAUCGCUGCCCUUGCUGGACAAGACCAGGUAGUGCGGGAGCUGUCCAAUUAUGGAGCAGAGGUCAAUGCCCAGUCUCAGAAAGGCUUCACUCCUCUUUAUAUGGCAGCCCAGGAAAAUCAUUUGGAAGUGGUCAAGUUUCUGCUUGAGAAUGGAUCAAAUCAGAAUGUGGCAACAGAGGAUGGAUUCACUCCAUUGGCAGUGGCCCUACAACAAGGCCAUGAGAAUGUGGUAGCUCUUCUAAUAAACUAUGGAACGAAAGGAAAGGUAAGGCUGCCUGCCCUGCACAUCGCUGCACGCAAUGAUGACACCAGGACUGCCGCUGUGCUGCUACAGAAUGACCCCAAUGCUGAUGUGCUGUCAAAGACUGGUUUCACACCACUUCAUAUUGCCGCUCACUACGAGAACAUGAACGUUGCCCAUUUACUGAUAAAUCGAGGAGCCAAUGUCAAUUUCACACCAAAGAAUGGCAUCACACCGCUUCACAUAGCUUCUCGAAGGGGGAAUGUGAACAUGGUACAGCUACUGCUGGACAGAGGUGCCCAUAUCGAUGCAAUAACAAAGGAUGAGUUGACUCCACUCCACUGUGCCUGCAGGAACGGGCAUGUGCAGGUGGCAGAAAUCUUACUGGAUCAUGGUGCACCAAUACAAGCCAAAACAAAGAAUGGUUUGUCCCCCAUUCAUAUGGCAGCUCAGGGAGACCACCAGGACAUUGUGCGACUCCUAUUGCAAUACAGUGCCGACAUUGAUGACAUUACACUUGAUCACCUGACCCCGCUGCAUGUAGCUGCCCACUGUGGUCAUCACAGAAUGACCAAACUCCUUCUGGAAAAAGGUGCAAAACCCAACUCACGGGCAUUGAAUGGCUUCACUCCCUUACAUAUUACCUGCAAGAAGAACCAUAUCAGGGUUUUAGAACUUCUGUUGAAAAAUGGAGCACCGAUCGAAGCUGUGACUGAGUCUGGUCUUACUCCUCUUCAUGUGGCAUCCUUCAUGGGACACCUGACAAUAGUGAAGAUUCUGUUGCAACGAGGAGCUUCAUCUAAUGUUUCCAAUGUGAAAGUGGAAACACCACUGCAUAUGGCAGCAAGAGCUGGCCACACCGAAGUUGCCAAAUAUUUACUUCAGAACAAAGCUGAAGUUAAUGCUAAAGCAAAGGAUGACCAGACACCAUUACACUGUGCUGCACGAACAGGUCACACCGGCUUGGUUAAAGUGCUUUUGGAAAACAAAGCAGACCCAAAUUUGGCAACUACAGCAGGACACACCCCACUUCAUUAUGCUGCAAGAGAAGGACAUGUGGAAACUGUUUCAGCCUUGUUAGACAAAGGAGCAUCUCAAACAUGUAUGACCAAGAAAGGGUUUACUGCCUUACACAUGGCUGCCAAAUAUGGGAAAGUGGAUGUAGCAAAGGUCCUGCUGGAGAAAGAUGCCCAUCCCAAUGCUGCUGGAAAGAAUGGCCUUACCCCUCUACAUGUAGCAGUACAUCACAGCAACCUGGAUGUGGUGAAGUUACUACUAGCAAAAGGAAGUUCUCCUCAUAACACAGCUCGGAAUGGCUACACACCUCUUCACAUUGCAGCAAAACAAAAUCAGAUUGAAGCAGCUAGCAGCUUACUACAGUAUGGCGCAUCUGCCAAUUCAGAGUCAUUGCAGGGAGUCACACCACUUCAUCUUGCUUCACAAGAAGGGAACACCCAGAUGGUAGCAGUAUUGAUCUCCAAACAAGCCAAUGUUAACCUGGGAAAUAAGAGCGGGCUCACUCCCCUACAUCUCGUAGCACAGGAAGGGCAUGUGCCUAUCGCUGAUAUUCUUGUCAAACAUGGUGCAGCUGUUGACCCAACAACACGGAUGGGAUACACCCCAUUACAUGUGGCUGGUCACAACGGACACAUAAAGAUGGUGAAAUUUUUACUACAACAUCAUGCUGAAGUCAAUGCUAAAACCAAGCUUGGAUACACCCCUCUGCACCAGGCGGCUCAGCAGGGUCACACAGAUGUCGUCACAUUAUUGUUAAAGCAUGGAGCAUCUCCAAACGAAACUAAUUUGCAUGGAACAACAGCCCUGGCAAUAGCAAAACGUCUUGGUUAUAUCUCAGUUACGGAUGUGCUACGCCUUGUCACUAAAGAGACCACCACUGUGACAACAACAGAAAAACACAGGAUGAGUUUCCCCGAAACAAUGGAUGAAAUUCUAGAUGUGUCAGAGGAUGAAGGCAUUAUACAUGUUCCUAUAGGUGAAGAGUUGGUAGAUCAAGAGGAACCUGACAUGAAAGACCAGUUUGAAGAUACCUUACUGCCUGGGACAGUUAAGGAGCUUGAACCAGAACCUCCAAUCAGGUCAUACUCUCCUGGAGUUAUUGAUGUGCCUUAUACUCCUGGUACAGGUGUGGUUUUGGAGCAAGAAACCUUCACAGUAGAUCAGCAAAACCUCGUUCAGCCAUUGAAGGAGUUUGAUGAUGAAUCCCUCAUACCCAGCAGUCCUGCUACUGAGACGUCAGACAACAUCAGCCCAGUUGCAAGUCCAAUUCAUACUGGAUUCUUGGUCAGUUUCAUGGUGGAUGCCAGAGGAGGAUCAAUGAAGGGCAGCCGACAUAAUGGGCUACGCAUUAUCAUCCCACCUCGAACCUGCACUGCUCCAACAAGAAUCACAUGUCGCUUGGUUAAGCCACAGAAACUGGCAAAUCCACUGCAACUGGCUGAAGGAGAAGGGCUAGCAAGCCGAAUAAUUGCACUAGGACCAACAGGAGCACAGUUUUUGGGCCCCGUGAUUGUGGAAAUUCCACACUUUGCAUCUUUACGACAUGAUGAUCGAGAGCUGCUCCUGCUUCGCAGUGAAAAUGGGUCUGUGUGGAAAGAACACCGAAACCGGUUUGAAGAGGAGAAACUGGAGCAGUUGCUGAAUGGGAUGGAUGAAGAGCUGGAGAGCAUUGAAGAUUUGGAAAGGAAGCGAGUCCACCGAAUUGUCACCACUGACUUUCCACUCUACUUUGCUGUGGUCUCCCGGAUUCAGCAGGAUUGCAAUCAGAUUGGUCCGGAAGGUGGAGUGCUGAAGAGUAAGCUGGUACCUAUGGUGCAGGCAACAUUCCCAGAUGCUGCCAUCACCAAGAAGGUGAAACUAGAGCUUCAGGCUCAGCCCAUUCCAGAUGAGCUAGUAACCAAUCUACUGGGUAACCAAGCAACAUUUAGCCCCGUGGUCACUGUUGAGCCUCGUCGGAGAAAAUUCCACCGACCAAUCGGACUGCGUAUCCCUCUUCCCCCUUCUUGGAGGGACAAUCCAAGGGACAGUGGAGAGGGGGACACCACCAGCUUACGACUGCUCUGCAGUGUCAUAGGUGGGACAGCACCAGCACAGUGGGAAGACAUCACAGGCACUACAAAGCUGAUUUACGCAGAAGGAUGUGCAACAUUCACUACCAACGUCUCAGCAAGAUUUUGGCUUGCUGAUUGUCCUCGAACAGCAGAGGCUGUCAAUUUUGCUACUAUGCUAUACAAAGAACUCACUGCAGUACCAUACAUGGCCAAGUUUGUGGUAUUUGCCAAAAUGAGCGAUGUUCGGGAUGGUCGCCUGCGAUGUUACUGUAUGACCGAUGACAAAGUAGAAAAAACACUUGAGCAGCAUGAAAACUUCACAGAAGUAGCUAGGAGCCGGGAUAUUGAGGUGGUGGAAGGAACACCUCUGCAUGCUGAAAUUUCUGGGAAUCUCAUCCCUGUGAGAAAAGCAACACAACAGCAAAAUAACUUUAACUUCCAAGCCUUCCGGGAAAACAGACUCACCGUCCCUGUAAAGGUGAGAGACAGCAGUAAAGAAGCAACAGGAAGCAUCUCAUUUUUCCGGAAGCCAUUUAAGUACGAAGAUGCCCAGCCCAUUCUGUGUUUACUGAACAUCACAAUGCCAUCGUGCGUCAAGAUUCUGCGGAAUGAUGAGAAGAGAAGAACCCUAACGCCUCUGGCCCUCCGUGAGCGAUACAGCAUUCUCAGCGACUCGUCUUAUGUUUCAUCAAGUGCCAGUGAAGUCUCUGAGAUGAAGGUGUUAUUAAUUUCUGAACACCUAGGACUGAGUUGGGCUGAGCUUGCCCGGGAGUUGCAAUUCAGUGGGGAUGACAUCUACAGGAUCCGAGUGGAGAAUCCCAAUUCUCUGCUGGAACAGAGCGUAGCGCUUCUAAACUUAUGGACUGCCCGGGAGGGAAAAAUGGCUAAAUUGGAAUGUCUGUAUACAGCUUUGAACAAUAUCGACAGACGUGACAUUGUAAACAUAGUGGAGAGCUCAGGAAGUCAUAAUCUCGUUGUCAAAGGAGAAAAGCGGUACUCAGACAGGGACUCUAAUUUGUCGCCAUCUAUAGUAAAUGGUUAUGCUUCAAUGCAUGAAGAGCUGCUGUCCCCAGCCUCAAUGCAGUACAUUCUGCCAUCCCCGCUUGGAGGUGACCAUUACUGGAAUGAAGUGACCAGCCUGGAGGCUGUUCCUAUUGCAACCGCAGAGCAUGACUCCCUAAUGGACAUGACAGGCAUUCAGGUCUGGUCGUGUGGUGUAAUGCCACCUUUGGUCGUGGCUGAAGAUUCCUCUCUUGACUGUAGCAAGGCCGAGGACUCUGAUGCUGCAGUGGAAGGGAGGCAUACGGACAGAAAUUUAGAGGAUUCCUAUGAGCCUGACAGGACAGGUUCUCUGGAUCUUGUUGAGUAUGACACUGCGGACUCCGAUGCCAUGAAUGGUCUGAGUGAUUUGCUGGACUUUGAAGGUCAGAGGUCAGAGGUGAAAAUAUCAGAAAGAGAAAGCCAGUAUCCUUCUUCAGCAGAUGAGCAGGAUACAGAGAAUGGGGUUUCUUUUGUUUCAGGGCAAAGGAGCAUACAAGUAAGACUGACAGACUCUCCGAAGAUAAACCGAGUCAUUACAAGGAACAGCAGCAGAGAGAGGAUCCCUAGUGGUUCCCCUCUCUCCAUGCGGAAGGAGCAGCAUGUGAGCAGCUGGGAACAAGGAAUCCGGGAUUCGUCAGAAACUUGGAGUCAGCAGCUAAGGUCAAGCCCAGUGGCAUCUGCUAGGACUGUGGGACAUGGUGAUAUAAAGGUUUACCAUGAGACAUUGGUUCAGCCUGCUAAGGACAGGACCCAGAUAGAGUAUAUCAAGCAAUACGUUGUGGGGAGCCCUGUUCAUGAAACAACGCACAGCUACCAGCAAAGAGUAAACGAAGAAUACGGAAAAUUGUUUGGAGAUGUGCCAAAAGGGUACUUUGUAUCUAAAAAGGGGGAUGAAUAUGAAGACAUUCCAGGUGAACAGGUGACAGAGGAACAGUUUACAGAUGAACUUGGCAACAUUGUCACUAAAAAGGUUAUUCGUAAGGUGGUUCGCCGGAUCAACACUUCUGAGGGAGAAACGGGGGACAAGGAAGAAGUAAUCAUUGAAAGUUCUCUCCAGGACCCUUCAGAGGUUGAAGCAGAUACAGAGCAGUUUAUGAAAUAUGCCAUCCUUCAACGGGACAGCCCUAAUGCAAAGACCCAGGACAGCCUGAACGAUCUGGAGAUGGAGCUGAAGGAAGGGAGAAGGGGGGCACAGAUAGUGAAAAAGAUCAGCCUGCAGCGGGCAAAACAGUGCGAAUAAAAACAACCAUGCAAGGAUUUCACUUCAACACCAAACCAUUAAAGCAAACACUGGGACUGAAGCUGGGAACAGAAAAUGCUUGUAUAUUUUUCUAUAGGAUAAGAGGCAUGACUUUCUCUGAGAGACUUGAAUUUCUAGAAGCAUGAUUGACUGCCAAAGCAUGAUUUAUUUACUACUGUCGGAUGGGCUAGAGGGAAGGAACAUGCAGAAAAUGUUGCCUGGAGGGCACACAAGUUUACUUCUGCCAAUAAAUGAAGAAUGAAAGUACAAGGACAACUCUUCCAUGUAAGAAACUACAAAAUCUGUGCAGGGGCUGGAAGUUUUGUCAGCUUCCCUCUCUCUGUAACUAGGGGCAUAAUUCAAAAAAGGAUUACCUUUGCUGCAGUGAGUUUUUGCAAGGAAAAAGUCAUUAAAACAGAUGGAAACCACAUUCAUAAUCAGUAUGAGUGCAGUGGAUAAUACUAAAGGGAAGAGGCUUACACGUGUAGCAUUUGUUUCAAAAUCACACCUGUAUGUUUUAUUUUUCUUUAAUAAAGUGAUAAAGAACAUCCGUGAGCUAUAGUGGGCAGAGUAGUAGUGAUCUGAAAACAGGGAACAGUGCCAGGACAGCCACAGAUUCUGGGGACACCACUUAGUAAGGCCACUGAGACACUUUGCUUCUACACUUAGGUCUAAAAGCAGCACCUCAUGAGGGAAAAUAUCUUUCAUUUCAGUUGGAGUAACUUGGAUGCUUCCUGUAUAUUAGUCAAAGAAAAAUCUUACUAGCUGCCAUGUCCGUUUUAAAGGGCAACACAUGCAGAUUCAUACAAAAUAACCAGAAAACAGCAAAGAACCAAACAAUUAUGUUUUACAGAAAAAAGUGAUGACAUUAUCAGCACUAUAAUGACCCGGAGCCUAGGUGUUUUCACUUUGUCCCACUUUGUAGUAAGAAAAUCUCCAAGGACUUAAUCCCAUCCUUCUGCAGUAGUAAUAGCAACCAUAAGCAUACUUUUAGGUUUAGGCUUUAUGUUAUUAAACAUUUUAUCAUUUUCUGUCUAAAAUGUUAGCUUUCAAAAUGUAAGAAUUUAGCAUUUUGUAAAUUUCUGUAAAACCAGAUAUUUGAAUAACUUAUUUAAGUCCCUGGCUUCUAUCAUUCACAGACAUUUCUACCAUGUGGCAGUUCAUUAGUACAGCACACUGUGUGUUUUCUGACACUUAUAUUUAAAGCAAUAAUACAAAAUAUCUUUAAAUACAAAAGCCAUAUCUAAAGAUAACAUAUUAAUGCAUCAUAACCUUCUGUUUCAUAGUUCAUUCCAGGAUUAACCCAAAUUUCUCCUGUUCAUUGUCUGACUGCUUUAGGUACCUGAUUUUUAGUAUAACAUGGUAACUAAUACCCUGAGAUAACAUACUGGCAAUUUAUAAAUUAUUAUCAGUCAGAUGUCUUGUGCUGUUUAUGGAGAAUUAUAUUGAAAUACAAAAAUGGUAAAAG